AUGUUUAGACGCCCAAGGUCGAGCGGAACUGUAGAGCAGGAGAAAACUGUUGCCCAAGCGUUUGUGAAGUUUUUGGAGGACAACGGUCGUAAGGAAGACAUGCCUGUGCUUCGACUAAAGAACAUUUACCAAGGAGAAUUCCGCCUUCUAAAUCCCUCCGUGGACUGGGGUAUUUCAUUCUCCAGAGUUUUAAACGCUCUCACGUAUCACUUAAAUGAAUGCCAGCAACUUCAAGAUCGUGUAAUCUUCGGUGGUGGAGAUGCCGCAGCUCUUCAACUCCUUACCGACGAUCCUGAAGAGCCGCAGGAUAAUACUGAUCUUUGUCUCGGCUUGCUCUCGUGGACCUUUUCUCGGCCUUUUUACUGUGAUGUUUGUAAAAGAGGUCUUGGGAAUUCAAUAGCUUACCAGAAACACCUCGAAAGUGUGAAACAUCGCCAACAAAAUAUCCUCAUAACGAUUCGAAAAUCACUAAACAAGUAAGUGCCUCUUCGUUUCAAUAUAUCUCAAAGACUUUUCAUAUUUGAGAGUCGGCUAUCAGACUUCACCCCCCGUCAAAAAGUAAAAUGAUUCCAAAGCUUAUGUAUACCAUACCUGUCGAAUACAUGUAUCAAGAAUCAUCCGAGUAGUUCUAUUCCUGAUUCCUUUUAGUCGGCCCUAGCUCUUCCAACGCACUAUUUUGCAAAAAUGUUUAAGAAAAUUAAGGGGAACAGAGGAAAAUUUUCAUUCUUUCCCUUUUUAUGAUAAAUUGGAAGACCCACCCCAUACCACUACUUAAUGUUGAACACGAGCUAAGCGAAAGUCAAACAUGGGGAAUUUAACAGUUUUUUUUUUAAAGAAGAAGAAGAAGAAGAGGGAAGUUUAGUUAUUAUUGAACUAAAUGCUCACAUAGCGGAAUGUAUGAAAAUUGAUCAUUUCGAUGAGCAGAUGAAAAAGAAAAUAUAUUAUCUGAACUAUUUAUUGAAGAUGGUUAAUGUGGCUUACACCCCGUAUAAUACAAGGAUUCGAAAAUCAACGGAGAGCCAUCUAAGUAUGGAAAUUAAGUUUUCUCUACUAGCUCUCCCGUCAUGUACCUCUCUUCUCCCCCUUUUACUAACUUUUAAUAAGAAUUUGCAUGGCAAAGAUCACUAAAUCAAAUCCAUUCCUUUUUAGUUUUGGUAAUUAAAGUAAGGGAUGAUAUUUGUGGAGUAAGUGAAACAUCAUACAUUGAAAAACUUUUGGAGAUUUCCCAGGUUGAGAGCGAAUUUCCCCCUUUUGUUCAUCCAGACCAGAACUUGUCUUUGACAAAAAUGGGAUAAGAGUUACUUCAGAUCCCGCUGCAGAUGAACAUGGUGUGAUUGAAUUGAAAGUGGAGAGUGGAAAAUACGGACAGAUUGUGUUGAUCAUAGAGAACCUCGGUGAGGAGAACAUCACCCUGAAGGAUAUAACCCUACUGUGGAGUGUCAACUUUUUCGAUUACAGGGAGAUAUCGAGUAUCGAUCAGGAUGAGGGCGAACUCUACCCAGGUAAUUCUUGAAUUAUUCUCUACAACCCUAAUUGCUAACUUUCAUCCAGUUUUCCUUAAAAUUGUGGCCAUUGAUUUCAGAGAGAUGAAAUUAUUGCAGAAAAAGAAGACAUAUUUACAAUGGUUACAGUGAAAGGGAAAAUUGUCCGUUGGAUGAAUGUUUGUAUUUCUCAUUUGCAUUGGCGAAGAAUUUUCCAAAAAUGCAUCACAUAGUAAAUUUAGGUCUGUUAAGUACGUAGUCAAACUGAAUUGCUGUUAAAAAGCCUCAGACACGCCAAGAUCCGACAUGGUCAAGGCCCAAACACUCUGUCCAUGCGAUUUCAGAGUAUAGUUAGAUAAGAACUUUCAACUUUAUACACUUACACUUGUUUUGUUUCCGGUAGUUCUACCUGAUUCUCGAACGCCGGAACAAGGCUUUAUCAUGGAUAGAUUUAGCACAUAGAAAACUAGUUUGGACUGAGUCGAAUGAGAGCAAUCCGUGUACACCUAGUUACGACUGAGCCCACAGUUCUGCGUAAUGUUAUGCAUAUCUUUACAGUGACGUGAGCAAAUAAAUUCAUCUUUUAGGUUGUCAGAAGAGGUUCAGGAUUGGCUGCAAACGUCGCCAGGAGUUUGGAUAUUCGUAUGUUCCUGGUGUGCUCACAUUCCAAAUGGAACACGGGGUGGAGUUUCAUAUCCUGAGGUUUUUUUCCGUGCGCAUCGUUAGUGACUUGUACGAUGAAUUGAAACCGACUUCAGAGUAUCGACCUCCCCAACGGGCACCAGAAAUUCCCAGGGAUGUUAAGACAUUUGGAGGGAUACCCCUUCCAAGGUAUAGUAUGGCAUUCGUCACGGUUCUCAUCUUAAAAUAAUCCUCCUUUGUAAUUGCUUUUUUCAUUAUUCGUUUGCAUUGGUCCACGGAAUACCUGAAGAAAUGGAACUAAAAUACUUUAAUUCACGAUAACGCAAGCGAAAGUUUUUUCAAUACUUUUCAAAGUGUUUCAUUCAAGAUUUCCUCACUUUUGCUGGUGGGGUGUUUUUUUAUUUUAUUUCUUAUGAAAAAUACCUCCGGAACUAUUCCGAGACUUUCACCGUCUCUGUUUGUUGUCAUCAGAUUACGCGAGUGACAUGUACUCAUAAAACCAAGGUAUGAAGUCGAGCAACCUCCCCUUUCCAACGCUCAAAACUGUACUUUUUUCUCGGCUUUAAAAUCAGGCAGAAAAUAAAGUAAAUCAGUGGAAAUAACACAGUGACUCACAUAUUCAAAAUAAUUCAAAUAUUCAAAGUCACUGAUUUUUUUAUUUUGAUUUUCCUUGCCUUUUAGGUUACAGAGAAAUGGCUUAAUUAUGGAGAGGCUGGACUUGUAUGAAAUCCCUUUUACUGUAAAAGCCCAGGUCAUUAAAAGCAAUCAAAUCCGGGAAGGACUUUGGUAAGGAAACUUUGUGCUUUAAAAGGAGGUGUAUGAUCUGCAGCUCACCUGCUUGUCUUGUUUUCAGUGAGCGACUGAAAAAGGAUUUGAGCUUUGACAACUACAAAGAGAAGUUCUCUCUGCUUCUUCACGUGGAAGAACUACAAAUGCAGAAGGAUAUCAGAAACUAUGAUAUGAAAGGAGUUGUUUUUCAACAGGAAAGAGGAGACAGACGCUUUCUGAUCUUAGAGGUUGGUGGAUGUUCUUGAGCAAAUCAAGAACACAUGCUAUAUUAAAAGCCUUUCUUUUUUUCCAGAAAUAACACCAAUGCCGAGAGAAGCAAUUCUUCCUCGUUUAUUUUCCAUUUAUUCCUGAAAGAUUAUUUUUCUUUCGGAUACACUGCUUGCUUUCGAAAACCCCUGGGGUCUGAAAUUCAAUUUUCUUCGAAGACUCGGUGAAUUUAGUACUUGUCCUUAGAGAGUACCAUGAUGAAUUUUCUAUCAUUUUUUUAUUGGACCACUGAGUUUUUACUUUUCCUCUCGAGAAAAAGAAAAAAAAAAGGAACUCAUAGGAAGAGUUUUAUUUACUAAAAGGAUUUCAGUUUCGUGGUUAAUUUUUUUUUAUUUUUACAUUUAUUUGUUUUUUUUGUGUGUGAGUUUUAGGUACCUGGUCUUGCAGAAAAUCGCCCAUCCGUGUUACGCGGUGACAAGAUCUAUGCCUACGAGCCGGGUGUAUUAAAGCAGAGAUACGAAGGAAUUGUGCACAAAGUCCAAAUGCUAGAUGUGAAACUUGGCUUUGACAUGAACGAGUACGUAGUGCAUUAGUCAAAAUACACGGUAAAAAGAUAUCAUUUUUCUCAGAGUCUUGCAUAAGUUGCUUUCACCGGCCUAGAAAACGAACCAUGAGAAUUGUUACUACACGAUAGCCGGUUCAUUCUAUACAGACGAUUAGAAUUGGUUAACUACAACGAUUAACUGGGAAACUGACUGAAUGUAGUAAGAAGGUUUUUGCGAAAGUAUUGGAGAGGAGCUGAAGGCAGAACCCUGGCCGUCAUAAGAAAAUGGCUGUUUAUAGGAAGUCACCUCUUAGGGGUUAGGAGAAUAUUGUUCCAAAGAUACCACACCCGAGACACAUACGAACUAAUUCAGAGAGAGGAUGGUGCCGUCAAAAUAUUUCUUUUGCCUUUUAUAUUCCUGAAUCUCGUAUAUGAUGCGUGUUACUUUAGUUAUCUCAUAUUUCCUCCUCAGUAUGCCUUAUGUUAAGAAUAAGAAGUUCGACAUCCAAUUCACUUUCCAUCGACUUCCAGUGCAGAUGGAACAUCGCGCGUGCGAGCGGAUUGCAUCUGUGAACAGGCAAGACAUGCGACACGUUCUUUUCCCAUCAAAGGACUGUCUCGAUCGAAGGGGAGAAAUUCAGAAGGAAGUCAGGUAAUUUGUAAAUUAUAGGGAUAUAAUCUUUUAGUGAUAAUUCACGGUAUUGUCAUUCCCCACACUGAAGAGGUACAAAAUCGGAAUUACUGCGAUGAUGGAUAAGUGUUGAAACAACUAAUGUACGAGUCAUAAUAUGUUGGCCUGUGGAUGAUUAGUGAUAUAGACUGAUCCUUUCAGGUGAACUGUAAAUAUAGAAACUACAGAAAAUCAAAGUCCGGAGGAAAUUAUAGGGAUUCGACAGCGCUUCAGACUCAUUCCAGUUCUAGAUACCGACUGGGCACAAUACUACCAUUAGAGUUUUGAGGCUAGGACUGUGCCGAAUUUUAAAGUACUUUAGCUCUGUAGGUACUGAAUGCAAUCAGGAGAGCAUCUUUUUGCUUUCAGUGCGAUGUUACUAAUGGUCAGCCUAGAGAUGCAAAGCUUCUCAUUGUCCACAUAACUACAUCUACAAAGCUUGAUCGUUAACAUUUACCGCAUCGGUGUUAUAUUUUUUUGGUUCAGCCACAUGUAAAGGAGAUUUUCAGACUUAAAGUUCACUUUUAAUCGGCUCCUACACAAAGUAAGUGAGAGAUAAUACGUUUUUUCUUGUUUUCAGUUUCUUUUACGAUCGUAAUCUGAACAGCGAACAGGAGCAGGCGGUCCAGAAGAUUGUGUCAGGAUCUUCACGCCCUGCUCCAUAUCUAGUGUUUGGACCCCCCGGAACUGGAAAGACGGUUACUUUGGUCGAGGCGAUUAAACAGGUGAGGAGAAUGUCUUAGAAAGCUUUCCCAUUUGUUGCCUAUUUGAUGGAAACGGCUCUGGCUGGCCGGUGUAAAUGGAAAGAUUAAGUCAAUUCCUAUCGUACGAGUUGCGCUUUGUCGCCUUUAUCCAACGUAAAGGGUCAUUGGAAAUUUUCAGCAAAAACGCUUGCGAAUUUUGCAAGUAGAUUUCACAGGAGCGUGAAUCCUGACUGGCUAUGUACUCAUAGGUAAACUCUAGUUCGGCUUGUUGGUUGUCAGCGCUGAAUCGUUCAAUUUAGGGUCUGCUGGCUUGUUCCGACGAAUGGAAAGCGGCCAAGGUUAUUUAUUUUUAUAGCAUUCUGGCAGUUUCAUUAAUGGACUGAAAUUGAAACCAGUAAUUCGCUGUCUACCUUCUUUUCGUUACUUACAGGUGCACGCUUUGAUUGGCUCAAGCUACAUUCUGGCGUGUGCGCCAGAAAACAGCGCUGCUGACUUAUUAGCUGAGCGCCUGUUGCCUCACGUGGACAAAGGCAAAUUGUUCCGGAUGUAUGCUGCGUCGAGGCCGUGGGACUUUGUGCCUCCAAAGCUCAAGGUGAAGACUCUCCACUCACUGUUAUGCAAUAGCAUCAUUGGACAGAUAGUUUUAGCAUUCAACGGCCAUAAAUAUUUAGACCCUAGAUUUUACAGAAAAUGCUACACAAAUUCUACAACUGAACUAAUCAUAGUCGGAGAUAUAUAUCUAGCUUCUUAACCUAAUGUUCACUUUUCAGGACGCACGAGUGGUAAAUUUUGACCCUGUGUCACGUGACGUGUAUUUUCCCUCUAAAGAGGAGUUGAUGAGCGAUUAUCGCAUAAUUGUCACAACUCUGGUAACGGCAGGAAGGUAGGUGGUAACACUGUGUCUCCUAGAGAACCCUAUCAUCAAAAUUGCUGAUGACGCUGUAUAAGCCUCUGAGCUUAUUUUCUCCCUUGAUUACCUAAACUUAUUUUUUUUUUUGCAUUGUUUUCCCAGGUUGGUGUCGGCAUUCUUCCCCAGAAGUCACUUCACACACAUUUUCAUAGACGAGGCGGGUCAUGCAACAGAACCUGAGUGUAUCAUCCCUGUGGCGGACCUCCUGGACCCCUAUAAUCCCAGGGGCGGUCAGCUGGUGCUCGCGGGAGACCCUAAGCAGUUAGGCCCGAUCCUCAGAUCCCCAAUAUCACAGAAAUAUGGACUGGGUGAGUAUAUCACACAUAAUAUCUGUCCCUGUUCCCCUGUCUCCUUCCAGCCCUUUAUGAUCAUGAGUUCCUUUAUGUCUAUCAGUAGACAACAGGAACAUUCAAAUUGACAUUUCAGACAAAAGGUUAAAGUCAGACUAUCAGCUCUUUAAAUUCGUUUUUUCGAUUUAUUUAAAACAGUUAUUUCCAAAGUGAUAAUCAAAGAGUUUUGAUACUUACCCGCUUAAAAGGAGGGUACAUUGGGCAGAAUGCCUAUUGUUCUCGCGACAUUUACUUGCAGUGACGAAAAUGUUAUAGAUCUGUAAUAUAAGCGGCGAAGCGUAAACAGGGAGGCUGUAACAUAUCAACACUUGACCGCCAUGUUGGAGUUAAACAACACAAGUGUUUUUAUUUCAUGCUGUGCCUACAAGAGGUCAGCGGUAUACAUAACAUUCCCCCUUCCCUCUCUUGAUAAUAUCAACAACAACAACAACAACGCCUGUCCAACUCUGAAAAUUAAUUAUAGGUCUAGUUUGACUGGCUUCUUGACUUGCCUGCCACUUCGAGUUGUGUACAAGGUCGAGCCACUAGUCGCUGCUACUUCAGGUGAAGGCGGUAUCUUUCUUGCUGGGCUUUUCCUUGUGACCGACUGGUCUGACUGGUAAUCUAAUGGUAGCUUCUUCGUAUGUGUGUCUGGCAUGGGUGGUGGCAUUGCAUGCGGCAUUACACGUGGUUUCUCAGGAUCUGUCUCUGCCUCCCCGAUGUUUGGAUGACAGCUCUGAUACCCUGCAUGUGACUUGGGGGAGUCUGUUCUUAGUGUCACUCUAUUUCGUCUGAUUCUUCGGCCCCUUACAUCGACUACGUAAGAUCUGGGUGAUGUAUGUUGUUGCACAACUGUCGCUGCUUUCCAUUCCUUUGAUCCCGUUUCGGGUUUCAUUCUAACAAAAUCACCAGGCUUAAGCGGGGGUAACUCUUUAGUACCUCGGCGAUCAUGGUAGUAUUUCAGCUUCUCUUCGCCAUACUUCAUUCUUGCUCUUAUCUCUUUGAUGUUGUAUGCCUCAGGCUCUAGCAGAUCACAAGCUAUUGGUAGUGUUGUCCAUAGCCCAAGUCCCAUGGAGAGCUGAGACGAAGAGAGGUUAAUCCCUUGGAUUGGGGUUGCUCCGUACUAUAGAAGUGCUUUGUUCUUGUCGUUGUUUUUCCUCCAUAGUGAUUUUACUGUUUUGACUGCUGUCUCUGCUUCUCCAUUUGCACGGGGGCACUUGGGACUCACUAGGAUAUGUUCAAAGUUGUAGCUUCUGACAAGUCUCAAAUUCUUUGCUUGUGUAUUGGACACCACAGUCAGUCACCAGUUUUGCUGGAAUACCAUGUCUGCUGAAAUGUUCCUUCAGUGCUUCGAUGGUAUCCUGGGAAGUAAGGUCAUUGAGUUUAGUUACUUCAAUGUACUUGGAGUAAUAAUCAACCAGUACCAGGUAAUGAUGACCUUCAAAGGCGAAGAUGUCUGAAGCAGCCAUCGCCCACGGCAGAUUCGAGACAGGACUUGGCAUCAGGGGCUGUUUCUGCUGUGCAGGCGCGUAGUUGUGGCACAUGGUACAGUCUUUUACUUUGUCUUCUAUUUGAGUGCUCAUUCCAGGCCAAUAAAGCGCUUCCCUGGCCCUCUGUUUGCGCUUCACAAUUCCCAGGUGUGUUCCGUGUAUUAAGGCGAGCAUGGCUGGUCUCAUGGACGGGGGUACCACAAUCUUCAACCCUCUGUAGAUUACACCAUCUAAGACUGCAAGUUCUUCACGUGACUCCCAGUAUUCUCGUAUGCUGUGUGGGACCUGACGUUUUGUUUCUGGCCACCCUGCUUGAAUCAUAGCGUACAGCUCGUGGAACUCGUUUGUAGUUUUUUGUUGGAGUUCUGUAUACUUUGGCUCUGAAAUGGAUAUUCUUUCCAGCAUGGUUACUUGUAGCUCAUCUUCGUCCGCUUGUAGUUCAUUCAGACUUGCUCGCCUAAGGGUAUCAGCAAGAACUUGCUUCUUGCCUGGAAGAUACCCCACUUUUAGGUCAUAAUCGCUUACUUUCAACAUCACUGCUUGUAAUCUUAAUGGUGCCGUUGCUAUUGGUUUGCGGAGAAUCGUCUCUAGGGGCUUAUGGUCGGUCUGAACCACAAUCGUUUUGCCUAGAAUUUACUCUCUAAAUUUCUGUGUACUGAACACAAUUGUCAGCAUUUCUUUCUCAAUUGGGGCCCAGUUGAUUUCAGAUUCUCGAAGUUUGCGAGACGCGUAAGCUACUGGCCUUCCUUCUUGGAGUAGGACCACACCCACUGCUUCCUUGCUGGCAUCACACUGUAUAGUCACUUCCUUAUUGACAUCAUAGUAGGCUAGCACAGGGACUUUACAGCACAUAUCUUUGAGCUUUAGGAAUGCAUCUGCCUGUGGCUUAUCCCAGUGGAAAAUUACUUUUUUUCUAUUGAGCUCUCGCAACGGGGUUUCAACUUCUGCAAGCAUUUGGAGGAACUUGGCCAAAUAUUGUAUGGAUCCCAGGAAUCGGCGUACAUCCUCUUUUGUUUCUGGAGGUGGCAUAUCCUUCAUGGCUUUCACUUUUUCAGGGUCAGGUUUGAGUCCUUCUGCUGAGAUAAUGUGGCCCACAUAUUGGACUUCGGGCUUGCGUACUUUAACCUUGUCAAAAUUCAACCUGAGGUUGUAGCUUUUGGCUCGCUGGAGCACUGCCUCUAGCACCGAGUCAUGAUGAGCAACGUUACGACCUGUGAUUAAUAUGUCAUCCAUAAUGGCAUAUGUAGGGUCGAUACCUUCCAACAUUUCAUUCAUUUCACCUGGGUUCUGGUUGUUGAUCCUGUUUAUUUCUAGACUUGCUACAUGUAGUAGUUGUAAGUCCCUAUCAGCACCUUCCUCAUCACUGGAAUAUUCGUCUCCCGAAUAGUUUGUUUCAUUCAACAAGUUAACAAUACUUUUCCGACUUCUGCACACUUGGGCAAAGUGUCCAAUUUUCCUGCACUUAUUACACGAUUCAUUCUUGGCUGGACACUUUUCUUGUGGCUUGUGUGCAUUGUAUCCACACCUGUCACAUUUCUGAACCUGCUCAUUGUUACCUUUCGGUUUCUUGAAAUUUCUCGCCUUUUUAUGCUGCUCAGAAGAAUCCUUCUUCCAUGUAACUUUACUAACUUCAAUUCUCGGGUCUUCACCUGACAUCACCUGCAGUCCUUCCCUUGUGGCCUCGAACAUUCGACCGAUACUGAUGGCUGUUUCGAGAGUAAGGUUUUUGCUUUUUUCCAGGCAACAUUGUCGUACUCUAGGAGUUUGAGGUCAGUGACGAAGGAAUCAAACGUUUCCCCUUGCAGUUGGCGUCUUCGAUCGAAUUUGACUGCCGCCGUUAUUGGGUUCUUUUUGGCUUCGAGGUGUACCUUGAAUUUUUCGGCGACUCGUUCAAGUAUGUCCCUUUCACUGAUGUUAUGUCUGUUUUCCCCCGAUCCAACUUGAACGGUGUCCCACUGGAAAGUGAGGUAAAUCUCUCGGCCCUUGUCACCGACAAAGCUCAUCAGGUUGCAUAUUUUCUCUUUUUCCGUGCGCUUGCUGAGUGGUCCUCCGAAAGCAAAUUCGCAGUGUUGAUAAAAUCUUUCCCAUCAAGAGAAUAGCCACAACGUUAAAGUUGCUCAAAAACCUUUUCAGACUUUGGGGCAUAUUUUCGCCAAACCUAAGGAUCCUGUCACGAAAGAACAACGAACCGACGCCAUUUAUUCUAUUCCUUGCAAUGACUGUGAUAACGAAUACAUCGGACAGACCAAACGUCAGUUUGGUACACGGUUAAAAGAGCACCAAAAAGCGGUUUUUCUUUGCAAAAAGGGAAAUUCAGCUUUAUCGGAGCAUACAUGCCUAACCAACCAUACAAUUGGGUAGGAUAAUUCUAAAAUUAUCACCACUAAUCGGCGUUAUCACCAGCGCCUUUGUUUGGAGGCUUGGCAUAUUAACUCCGUCCACGCUCCUUUAAAUCGUGACGAUGACGGUUUGCUUCCUGGCGCCUAUUUACACCUCGUCAGAAAAAAGGCCGCUAAUUAGUGAUCAUAUAAAAGGACCUCUUGUUGCAGCGUUUAGAUCACCCCUGAUGAAGGCGCUAGACAGGAGUGUCGAAACGUUGGGUCUAUGAAUUGUAACUUCUUCAGUUACAUUCAUUAAAUAUGCAAACCAGAGUAGCAUCAAACUAUGUCUUUCCCACUCUUUACUCAGGUCCGUGGCGGCCCAAUUCAUCGUUGGCCGGUUGUACGACGCGUUAGCGUAUCCUUCUGCCAUAUCCUUGUGCUAAGUUUCGUUCGGGGGCGCUCGAAAUCCCACUAUUCUGACACCAUGUAACAUAUCAACAUUCGACCGCAAUGUUGGAGUUAAAAACAACACACGAGUUUUUAUUUCAUGCUGUGCCUACAAGAGGUCAGUGGUAUAUAUAACAGAGGCUCUCAUUGGUCGAAGAUCACGCGCGUUUUCCUCCGAAGGGAAUACUGCCUUAGUUCAUUAACUUGUCAAGGCGGAGCUAAGAAACAAAGGCCUCGAAACUUAUUGUUUCAUCUAUUGUUUCUGAUAUCACACUUAAAGCGCGCGUAUUUCAAGCUUGCUAUGCGUUGUAUUUUUAAGGUCCUUUACGUUCGAUUUUUUCAAAAGCCAUAACACUUUCAUCUCUUGCUACAACCUAAACAACAUACAUUUCACUUCGUUUGAAACUUCCUUUUAAAUGAGUCGCCUUUGUCUUAUAUUCACAGAAACUUCUCUUUUGGAACGGCUAAUGACGUCAUGUCCUGCCUACGAUCGUGGACCCAGAGGGAGUUAUGAUCCAAAUCUGUUAACAAAACUUGUGAACAAUUACCGUUCACAUAAAGCCAUUAUCGAGAUUCCUAAGCAGCUGUUUUAUGAUAACGAGCUGAAUGAAUGCGCUGGAGAUUUCAGGUAAAAAAAAAUCAUUCGCAAUUGUUUUUUUUAAAGAAACCUGAUACUAAAAAGCCAUAGUAAAUGAGAAAACAGCUACACUUUUAGACACUAGCUACAUCAAAAUGUAAUGUAGGCAAUACCUUUUUAGCAAGCUGCACAUAACACAGGCGAUGAUACCCAUUGGAGAGUUGUCUUGAGGCCCAAAAGCAUGCUAAUCUACGCAUGACUCGCGCUUUAUUUGACACUAGUUUCCUACGUCAACCAAACCGUAAUGUAAAACAUUGUAGUGUUGAUAUUUACCUGUUUUUUUUCCAAGAAAUGUGAUGAUAGGCUGGGAAGAGCUUCCGAAUAAGAACUUCCCCAUUAUUUUCCAUCCGGUGUUUGGUAAGGACGAGAGAGAAGGCAGCAGCCCUUCUUUCUUUAAUGUGCCUGAGGUGGAAACUAUUGAGCGAUACCUGAGGAAACUGUUAGACGACAAUGUGAGAAGCAGAGGACUAAAGCACUUGAGACCUGAGAUGGUUGGGGUGAUAUCUCCUUACAAAAGACAAGUAAGUACAAGAGUGGAACCUAUCUUCCAUUGCUCCUGGUGUUAGACGAUUCGAUAGCGUACAUUCUUUAAUUUUUUUUUUUCAAACAAAAUCUUGGCAAACGGCAUUCCAAUUCAUUCAAUUCCCCAAAAGAAUUGAAUGUCUCUCGUUCACGUUACCAAUUAUCGUUUUGUGGUCACCAGGCCUCGUGGCCCGAGCUCAUUCUUCCAACUAUAAGGUAAAGGCCUUGGCACGGAUCAAAUCACGCUCAAUAUUUUAGCGAUCACAAGGACACCCUGGUCUGUCUAACAUCCCAGCAGAUCUCAUCAUUAACUGUUUAUCUUUCAGUCGUUAUCGCUAAUUGGAAUUCUCUUUUCAUGGCAAGGUGCAAAAGAUCCAGAAAAUGAUUGAGAAAAAACGCUUUGGUGACGAAAUCAAAGUUGGCAGCGUGGAAGAGUUUCAGGGGCAAGAAAGAAGAGUAAUCAUCUUGUCAACAGUUAGGAGCACCAAGAAAGAAUAUCUGGAGAUGGACAAGGACUUCCGCCUCGGAUUCCUCAACAAUCCCAAGGUAUGGUCUCCAGUUAACUUUUGCGUUUGACUUAAACUGUCAUAUGCACAGGCAGGCUUUUCUGUGUGUUUAUUUUUUAUCGUAAUUCCUACCAUUGUUAUUUUUAUUAUUAUUAUCGGUUAAUUCAAGGAAUAAAUAUUCAGUUGUGGUUGGGGGAAAAUUGGUAAAUUGAAAGUGGUAGAAAUAAUGACUGGCUACAUUUUUAAAAAGGUUCCAAACUCCUUCGAAGGAUAAGAAAUGGCUGGUUUAAUCACAUUUACGUUUAUCAUACCUCUACUCUCAGCCAUUGAAUCUCAAGGUUUAUAAUUUUGGUAUUUUCCCUAACUGAGGGCAAAACAUUUAUGUCAUGCCCAAAGAAGCUCGGGUAUGGACGGAAAAGUAGUUCAUGGACUUAAAGGGAGACCCCGGUAUUGCACAUCCCUUUGGAUUAUCUAAUGCACUUUUAUCGAGUAACAUUUUACUCUUUUCCCCCAGAGAUUCAACGUGGCCAUAACUCGUGCCCAGGCUCUCUUGAUUCUCAUAGGGAAUCCGGACAUGCUCUGCUUGGACGAGAACUGGAAAACGUGAGUGGAACAGAUUACAUUUAUGACAACUGUUAGAAAACAAAAGAAUGUGCCAGAUACAACUUGGGUAAUUCAUAACCUUUGCUCUUUUAAACUAUAUAGGUUCUGUGCUCUCUACUACUAGAGAAAAAUCUUAUUUCAACUCUUUUUUUUUUCUAGUUUUGUAGAUUAUUGUCGAAAAAACAAAGCCACGGUUGACGUGGAAAGGAAAGAAAAGGUGGAAGACAUUGCAGAUACUUUAAAAAGACUCAAACUCUUCUCCGCAGCCGCUUCAGGUGAACAGUAGAACUGGUUUACUCUCGAUGUAAAAAAGAAACAGAUACACUGAUAUGCCACGUUCUCUAUUUGUUAAGCUUUAUUAUGAUGAAUAUCCACCCCUAGCCACCUCCACUUCGGUGAACAGUUGUUAAAUACUCAAAUAAAGCUGUCAAUGGUUUUUUUUUUUGUCAAGAGCGCGAGAAAAGAGAAAUAAAUGAAAAUCUGAGUCCUCUGGAAAAAAAAAACUCAGAAUUGGCAGACGAACGCUCUACCACUGAGUUACAAAAAACUGACCAAUGAACAAGAUUAUCAUUCGGUAAAUAAAUUUAACAACCAUGCGCAAUGAUGAUACGGUGUUUCUAUUUGUUUUGUUACGAGUAAUUGUUGUUGUAAUUAUAAGCCUUUAGAAAUCUCCAGACUGCUUGGUCAUGCUGACAUGCGUACCAUGGAACUUUCUAGGACAUUUCAUCAAGUCACGCUGUUAUAGUCCUGUUGUAAAAAAGGAAAAAAUACUAAAAAAGGACUAUUUUGCAAAAUAGUCCUUUUGUAAGCUUCUGGAAUGUUCCAGAACACUUUGUGAAGGCAUAUAAGGAUUCAGUUAUGUAGUAGUAGUUGUUGUUGUUGUUGGGAGUGACCGACUUUUUAGAAAGCUAUACCGUGAGAGAGAGCUAUAGUGGAAGAUUGUUAAUUUUAGGAAACGUUAGAGGAAACUGUGAGUUUGAGUCAGUGAUGAGCUAAGAUAUAGACUGUAGUGGGCUUAAGUAAGUUUAUCGAGGAUAAGUACUGUACUGCCUUUAGGAGUCGCUCCUUAUCAUCAAGAAUAUUACUCGUCUUUUAAUAAAUUAGUUGAGUUUGUAAGGUGGUAGUGCUUUUCUGUAGGUUGGAUUAUACCGUAACAGUUUUAUCCAUAUUGUACGUUUUGCUUCUCAUACUAAUUACCGUUACACACAAUUAUUUUUUAGAAUACGACGAAGACGGCUCAGAAAUUAGCCAGCGUCAGCUUCAAGAACACCCAGAGUGGACUAGGCACGAGUAAAUGCUCCUGUUCCAGUCUCCAGCUGCGCUGAAACCUGGUCAUCUUGUAAUAAUUUUUUUAAACAAAUCAUCUUCGAGGACUUUUUAUUUGAACUGUCAGUGUUAGAUUUUUUAGGUUAGGAUUUGCAAUUGUGAUAAAUAGUAUU